AUAAUUCCAUAGCUGUGCCGCGCGGUGCAUUCUGGUAGUAGUUGAAAGAUUCAAGAUGGCGGCGAGCAGGAGACUACACAAGGAGCUUGAAGAAAUCCGCAAAUCUGGGAUGAAAAAUUUCCGUAACAUUCAAGUCGAUGAAUCAAACAUAUUGACAUGGCAAGGCCUCAUUGUUCCAGACAACCCUCCAUAUGACAAAGGGGCGUUCAGGAUCGAGAUCAUCUUCCCUGCAGAAUACCCUUUCAAACCACCCAAGAUCACAUUCAAAACGAAGAUCUACCACCCCAACAUUGACGAGAAGGGACAGGUCUGCCUGCCUGUCAUUAGUGCAGAGAACUGGAAACCAGCCACCAAAACUGACCAAGUAAUUCAGUCGCUCAUUGCCCUGGUGAACGACCCACAGCCAGAACACCCUCUGAGGGCCGACCUAGCAGAAGAAUACUCAAAAGACCGUAAAAAAUUCUUUAAGAAUGCAGAUGAGUUUACAAAGAAACACGGCGAAAAGCGGCCAGUGGACUAACAAUAACCAGACAAGUGUGUAGCCCCAGACCCCUCCUACUCCUCUGAUCCUCUUCCCCUCGCUCUACUGCCUUCCUCCCGACACCCAAAUGAUAUCCUCUAUCCCUCCCACUUUCCCUCCUUCUCCUCUCCUUUCCACGUGUCACUCUAGUCGAGCUGGAGAAGUACAGCGCAGCUGCAGCCUCAGUCUUCAAGCAGGACGCCGCGAGGACAUCCGAUCUGAGUUUCUGGUGUUAGCUUGAGGCCCUUACUAACUUUCUACUAUGUUGUUUAUUUUUCCUUUCUCAACUUUGAAAGCAUCAAAAUUUGCUUAGAGGAUAACUUAAGACAAAGAAGUUGGAAAUUGUACAGGGCGUUUCAGUAACGAAUGCUGUUUGACCCUUUUGUAAUGAGAAAAUGAAUCAUUGCAUUAUUACACAAAACUUUCAAAAACUACUUUUGGAAGUGACACUUCAUUUAAAACAAAGAUGGAUUGUAAUUUAUCAUGUACAUUAUUAUUAAUAUGUUGUUGUUCCCUCUUCUUACAUUUGUGCUCUCUGAUUUCCGCAAAACAAAAAAGGAGACGUCAAGGAGGAAUACGCAGCGACGGCGACCGAUUAUUUCACAUAACCUUUUUACUUUCACUGCACUUGUUGGGUUGCGCGGUACGUCUAAGGGGCAGGCUACUUUCAGCCCUUUACCAAGCCUCGAAUCGGCAAAACCGCUGUAAAGUCCGUAACAAAAGGAGCCGAUAUUGCUAUGAAAUACAUUUUUGUUUCGCAAAUGAAAAAAAGGAAGGAUGAAAACAAUGCUCUUUGUGUGAGUGAACGUAAUUUUCCAUGACGAUCACUCAUUUUAAACAUCUCUUUUAACAUGUUUCAUAGGAAAUUCUUGUAUAUUGAUUAUUUGGGUUUAAUCAUGGAAACGGCCCCUAGAUUUACAGAGAUGUACGCUACUGAGAAUUAUUAUUACUCCCAUUUUCUCCCAACACCGAAUAAACACAGUAGUUGACCGUGAGUUUUCUAGAACAUUCUCUACAGUUUCUUUAAAGGAUAUCAUUCAGUCUGUCGUAUUCCAUUUUUACGCCACUCUUUAUAAUGCAGAGAGGUUAUUCGGGCUUUUUCUAGUUCAAGAUAUUUCAGUAAUAUUUGCUUAUGCAUUUGGGUGAAGUCUCUCGCAGAAUGCCUUGUUGAAAACGUAUUUUCGUGCAGCAUCAGACUUCAAAAACGUUCCACAUUUGUAUACCAAAAUAAAAAAGGAAGAACAAGCAAUGUUACACUCAAACAUUGGCUAAAUUCACUUAUGAUCUGCUUAGGGCUUUCAUAUCAAAAUCAACCAAUCCAAUAGGUUUCCCCAGUUUAAAACGGCAUUAUGGAUUUGUGUGAUAAAUCAAAUCUGAACUCGAGCAUUUAAUGAUCGUUUAACCUGAAUAUAUUAGCUUUAGUAAACUAUAUAUUUAUGAGGACUACUACUUCAACCCCAAACUGUUGCUUCAAUUACAGCUUAUUCUAAAAUGCCAUUAAUAGCCUGAAACAUACAGGUUAUAAACAUGUUAACCCUAAUAUGUGACAAAACGUUGAACUCCCCAAAUAAAGGCUAUUUUGACCUAGUUCUGAAUGAAUGUUUCAAUAGGAUGGAUGCUCGGCGUACAAAUGUAUUCCUAUGGUGCAACUGGUUGGUUUAAGCACAUUAUAGUGUUUACUAGUACAUACAAAAUAUAGUGCAGCGAAAUUGCUGUGCUCAUUUUUUUACUUUCAAUCCUAAAUCACUUUCACCAUCGUAAUACUUGUUUCAAAGCUAUUUUUAAAUUUCAGAAAGAAAUCCAGAGUUAAAUUAACUUUUUAUUUUAGGUUCAUAAAAAUAUAAAUACAUUCGUUAAAAACAUUGUACCCAAAAGUACCUUUGAUUUUUCAAUAUAUAAAGUAAUUGCUACAUGUUCAGCUGAUUUAAAAUCUUCAUAUAGUUUGUUACAGUCAUAAAUAUGGCUUUGCUGUUAGAUUUUACAGUUCUCUGCAAUAUUAAUAUCUGGAU